UGGCCAUUUUUCUUGCGCGAGGGAGGUCGGACGGCCGGCGGCGGCGGCCUCUCUCCAUCGCGCCGUGCCCCAUUAACCCACGCCCCCCACCCCACGCCGUCCGUUGCGUUUGCUGGCCAUUUUUCUCGCGCCGGGUGAGGUCGGACGGCCGGCGGCGGCAACCUCGCGCGUCGAUCCGUUUUCAUUGGGGUGUGCCAGCGGCGGCGGCGUCUCCCUCUCUCCAUUGUGGUUUGAGCCCUCCCAUUUCUUCCUCUGUUGUGGACGCUGUGACCUGCGUCGCCGAUUUCGACGGCGGUGGUGAGGGAGGCGACCUGUUGAUCGGCUCCGUCAUCAACAGCAUUCUGGGCCGGCGCACGCAGCAGCUACAAAAUCUUCCACUUCAUCGGCACCUGCAACGGCCACAUCCACUGCGGCCUGGACGGCGAGGAGGACGGCUUCGACUGCCCCCUGCUUGCCCCGCACCUCCGACUGCGCCCUCUGCAGUAGCACACACCUCAUCCCCAAUCCAUUUUCGUCCAGGACUGCAUCACUUCAGGGCGACGGCGUUCCCUAGCGGCGACGCAAUCCGCGUUGGAGUAAAGUUGGAGCUGAGGAGGAAUUGGACUUUUAUCUUGAGCCGCCUGAUGAUAACAUGUCUGAUCGAAAUCCAACGUCAAAGGAAUAUGGCAAUGCUAGUUAUGAUGAAGAAAUGUUUAGGACAAUGUCACAUGCUGCAGCUCGGCACACUACAUUGGAUGAGUGUUGGGACCUAGUAAAGAAGGCCUUUUCAUCGGAGAUGGAGGCUUACAUUUUCUAUAACAAGUAUGCAAGGGAUAAGGGUUUUAGUGUUAGAAGGAAGAAAGUGAGGCGUGCAAAGCGGUCUGGAGCACUAUUAUUUAGACAUUUCUUGUGUUCUAGAGAAGGACAACGAGAUGCCAAAUGGCUUGAUAAGGAUGUUUGCGGUCGUAGACCAAGAGCACUAACUCUGUGGGAAUGUCAGGCGAAACUGGAGAUUAAACUGGAUCAAGCCAGAGGAGUCUGGUAUGUGCAAAAAAAUUUAGAUGAGCACAACCAUCGCUUAGAUACGCAAGAUGAAGUCCCUUUCCUGUGGUCUCACCGGAAAAUGAAGGAUUUCCAGAAAACAGAGAUCAUGGCAAUGGAAGGAGUUGGAAUCCGUAAGCAUGUCAUUAUGGAUGUUCUUCAAUACAGAUAUGGUGGAUAUGGUGAAGUCGGCAUCAUUAGGAAGGAUGCAUACAACUUUUCUUCUAGGUACAAGAGAUCACGGAUAGCUGAUGGUGAUGCAAUGGCAGUGUUAGGUCUCAUGCAGAGUAGGCAGAAGGAUGAUCCUGACUUUUAUUAUGAUUACCAAAUGGAUGGUGAUGAACACCUGAAGACCAUGUUUUGGUGUGAUAGCCAAUCUCGUAUGGACUAUCAAUCAUUUGGUGAUGUCGUAAUCUUUGAUAGUACUUACCGGAUGAACAGGUAUAAGAUGCCCUUUGUUCCCUUUGUUGGGAUGAACCACCACAGAAGCACAACUGUAUUUGGUUGUGGGCAGUGGCGGAGCCAGGGGGCAAGUCAAGCAGGGGCCGAUUCGAGGUAAAUGACUAGUAAUCAACAAUUCCAUGUAUCCAUGAAACCAUCGUUAUCAAGUGAGCUUAGUCUA